AAAAUGACAAAACUUCCUCCGCAAGAAAUCUAAGAAGGAAGCUAAAAUAGGAGUUAGGACAAGAUACCGGUCUACAGCCUGCUAGUACUGAAUGGCCGAGCCUAAGGGGAUCCUGAUAAAAGGAGGCAAAGUUGUCAAUGAGGAAUGCUCUGCGUUCAACGAUGUCUAUAUCGAAAAUGGGAAAAUUGUGGACGUUGGACAGAAUCUUCAUGUUCCGGAGGGAGUGAGAGUCAUUGAUGCCACUGGUAAAUUGGUGAUACCCGGUGGCAUUGACACACACACACACAUGGAGCUUGCGUUCAUGGGCACCAAGGCUGUGGAUGACUUUUAUAUCGGAACUAAGGCUGCCCUGGCAGGGGGCACCACCAUGAUCAUGGACUUUGUCAUCCCACACAAAGGCAAGUCUCUACUGGAGGCCUACGAUCGUUGGCGCGAGACAGCGGACAGCAAAGUGUGCUGUGACUACUCGCUGCAUGUGGCUGUCACGUGGUGGAAUGACCAGGUCAAGAACGAAAUGGAGAUUCUGGCCAAAGAGAGGGGAGUGAAUUCUUUCAAGAUGUUUAUGGCCUAUAAAGACAUGUUAAUGCUGCAAGACUCUGAGCUCUACGCAGCCUUCUCCCGGUGUAAGACCAUUGGAGCUAUUGCUCAAGUCCAUGCUGAGAAUGGAGACCUCAUUGCUGAGGGGGCCAAGAAGAUGCUGUCGAUGGGCAUCACAGGGCCUGAGGGUCACGAACUGUGUCGGCCGGAGGAGGUGGAGGCAGAGGCCACCCAGAGAGCCAUCACCAUUGCCAGUGCUGUCAAUUGCCCUCUUUAUGUAGUCCAUGUCAUGAGCAAAUCUGCUGCCAAAGUGGUGUCCGAUGCACGCAGAAAUGGGCGAGUGGUGUUUGGGGAGCCUAUUGCAGCUGGACUCGGUACGGAUGGGACUCACUACUGGCAUAAGGACUGGGCCCAUGCUGCUUCCUUUGUCAUGGGUCCCCCACUUAGACCUGACCCCAGCACCCCUGGGUACCUUAUGGACUUGCUGGCCAAUGACGAUCUCAGUGUGACGGGGACCGACAACUGCACAUUCUCCGUCUGCCAGAAGGCUCUCGGAAAAGACGACUUCACCAAGAUCCCGAACGGCGUAAACGGCGUGGAAGACAGGAUGUCUGUCAUUUGGGAGAAGGGAGUGCAUAGUGGUAAAAUGGAUGAGAAUCGAUUCGUAGCCGUCACCAGCAGCAACGCAGCAAAAAUCUUCAACUUCUACCCGCAGAAAGGCCGAAUCGCCAAGAACUCGGAUGCUGACGUGGUUAUUUGGGAUCCCAAGUUGUCGAGGAGGAUUUCAGCCAAGACACACCACCAGGCUGUGGACUACAACAUCUUUGAGGGCAUGGAGUGUCACGGUGUGGCCGUGAUCACCAUCUGCAGGGGCAAAGUGGUGUACGAGGACGGCAACCUGAAGGCAACGCCCGGAUGGGGCAGAUUCAUCCACAGAGAACCGUUCUCUGACUUCGUCUAUCAACGAGUGAAUCAGAGGGACCAGGUGGGCCAACCUACAGCUGUGAUCAGACAGCCAUAUAAAGGAAAAGUCAUUUCUCUGUGAACAAGUGAGCCUGCUACAUGAAAGCCGCUUUGAAUCUCCAGCAUGUGCACGUGCAUGAACAAGUCGCCGCUCUCACGUGUCUACAUUUUAUCGAGGUAUUCCUACAAGCCAUUUAUACAGGCUAUUGUCAUGUAAAUUAUCAUAUGCAGCAAACAUGAGAUCAAUGUUAACGUCAUGUGGUGACGUUGCUAUAUCUCGCCAAAGUCUGCUUUUAUAUUUACCAACACAAAUAUUUGUAACUGUAUUGUGUAUCUGUUUAAAAUAAACAUGACAAAUAGGGA